CGUGGUCAUAAUGGCCUCAGAUAUAUUUUCAAGCCAUACCCACCACAUUUCCUUCCACUCAUUCAGCAGAAAGGCUUGUUGCCCCUUUCGGUCACUCCUCGACAUUCAGUGCAGGAAGCGCUCACCUGAUGACGGGAUCCAACCUCACAUUGCCAACAAAAGCUUGCCACAACUGCCGUAAACGCCGCUGGAAAUGCGAUCGCUCACUACCUGUUUGUCAGAAAUGCCUCUCCUCGGGCACCGAAUGCCUUGGCUACGGGAAGUUGUUUGUUUGGAAUCAAGGUGUGGCCAGCCGAGGAAAGAUGAUGGGGAAGUCGUUCGAGGACAUGCUGUCGACAAAAAAGGAAGGCCAAGCACAUUCAGCGCCUCAAAAACCAAAGAGUCUCCCAGAUUGCAAUAAUAAUGCCAAAGAAGAUGAUUUCAAAGCAACAUCGUCUACAACCAUGGCCGUUGUCAAGCAAGUGAAGAUGGAGACGACAAUAUAUUGGCCCCUAAUUGAUCCGCUUGUUAAGGAUUUGAACCAACCUUCUCGGUACUAUCUCUUCCACUUCGCGACCCAGCUUUGUGGAGAUAUGGUCAUAUACGACGGUCCAGGGCAGAACCCUAUUCGAGAUCUUAUUCCUGCAUCGUCUGUACACCCCUUACUCCUCCAGGUAAUGCUAGCAAAUUCUGCACUCCAUGUCUAUAAUCUUGCACGAGAGCCUAUCAACGAAUCCAGGUAUCACGAGAAUCGAAAGCCGUGCCUGGUGGCUUACUAUCAGGCGGUAAGCCGAUUUGGAGGACCCUUCAAAUCGGCAUAUCGAGAUGCUCUCGUUGCCAAACAACGGGCACUUUCCUUGCUGGCUCAAUCGGUAGGAUCAGUGAACGAGUCGAACUUUGACAUCGUCCUUGUAUCCAUCCUCCUCUUCAUUAAUUAUGACCUUGUCGAAUCUGGGAUGGACAAAUGGAGAGUGCAUAUGGAGGGCGCUCGAAGAUUGAUAAAUCUUCUCGAGACAGCACCCUUUCAGCUGCAUGAAAUGAGUAAACUACGGAAAUGUCUCCUUUCCGAUCUCCUGGUCUUUUUCGUUUUGGGCUCGACCUUGGACUUUGAUAAUACUCCAAAGAAGCUGAUACCCAACUCUAUUGAUUUGAAGGCCAUUCUUGAAUAUGCAGAAACCAACAAUUAUCUGUCAUGUCCAGCCCCACUCCUCCACAUUAUGCUCCAGGCGUUUGAGCUGCCCGACGUGCAAUGGCAACAAUUCGGCGAAGAAGCUUCCUUGGCCCGUGGCCAUAUACAGCUGUUACUAGAGGCCGCGCUAUCCUUUGAUCCCAUUAAAUGGGCAUCUACAUUUCAGCCGGCGUCACCAUUCGAGGAUCUCAAAAAACGGAUCUCCAUCGCUUCAGCACACCGAUCCGCAGUUUGCAUAUACAUUACACGAAUCUUACCAAGUACCCAUGCAAGUUCUCUUCUCAGUACCUCAAGAGGCUCCAGCGUAAGCAGCCUCUCCGAUCUCGCCACCGAUAUUCUAGAUCACCUUUCAAACCUCAGUCCCGGUGACACUGUCUUCAAGUCAAUAGGUUGGCCAAUUUUUCUCGCCGGUGCCGAGUCAGACGAUCCAGUGCAACGAGCCGUUAUUGUGGAAAAGUUGGAUGCGCUGUGGAACGAAAUGUACUGGGGCUACAUUUUGACCGUGAAAGAGCUGCUAGGAGUAAUAUGGAGUUAUAAAGAUCGAGGUGCGAAAGGGGAGGAUAUUUGUUGGGUUACUGAGGUCAAGAGGCUGGGCACCGAGCUGUUGAUCGCAUGACUACUUCAAGUUUAGCCUACGAUACUACGUUGUCAAUAUUGUACGUGACUAUUCGUUGUUCCCAAACAGCUACGUUUCUCACCCCGGAUCCGUGUUGUCGGAACGCUCAGAUGCCGAACCUUACCGACGCCUAGUCAUUGAGCCCACAAAGGUUGUUGAUGCCCUUCAAACACUUUCGCGCCUAUCAACUUCCAU